UCUCUUUUAGGCAGGCAGUUCUGUGUGUAAUGUGAAACUGAAAUGUACAGGAAAAAUAAAGUCAUUCUCAUGUGAUCUGUCAGGUUUAAGUUAAGGUUAAUGACAUCAGUAUAGUCUACCAUUAAAAGUAAGAAAAAUAUAUAAAACAUUAUUACCCUUUUCACCCUUUAAACACUCCUGUAAAUGGAACUACUACUUUUAACUGUAUUAUUUAAUUUUAAAAAAAAAGAUAAUGAAUAUAAGAGUUAUGGUGGACCCUUUGCUUUUUCUGAAAACCCGUGUAAACAAAUAUUUUCAACCACAUUUAAACAGUUUAAUAUUUAAAUAAUUCCAUUAGAAGCUAUUGUGUUUAUAAUGUAUUUUAUUUAUUGUUACUUAUUUAUUACUUGUUAUUUAUCAUUUUUACUUCUAGACUGGUCGGCAAACAGACUUAAACAGACAAACAAAGUUACAAUGUGAGUAUACACCCACAAAACAUAAUUAAAAUGUAUUUACUUUUGAUUCUUGCCUCUAAAGACCAACUAUACAAUACCUUUACAAAACUCUUAACACCCCUGUGGGUGUGUCGAUUUAUUUGUUGAUUAUGCUGCCCUCUUGCGGUUAGACUGACUCAGCUUAAACUUAAACCGGAACAGCGUCAUUGGUGCUUGUGUCAACACGAACCGUUUUUGUGAAACACAAAACAAUAUCCCGGGCUCGGACUUGAGUCCUUCACGACAUGUGUUUAUCUCAAUUUAACCCGCGGUUUUCACUCUAUAGUCUCUGAGUGUAUGCGUGAGUAAAACAAUUUUCUUGACAUAAUGUCCUGUGCCGUAGUAACUGCCUGCUGCUACUUCUGUUAUCUCAUUAGCAUUUUUUAAAUUCCGCCCUGUAGUUCGUAGUAGCAUUAGCCUCCUUCAGCUAGCAUGACAGCAAACUUUGAACUUUUAUUUUUAAAGUCCGCAGGUCUAGUUGUGCAUGGCUAAAUGUGGAUUUUUAUGUCGGAGAAGUAUGUGCGUACACACUGGACUUUCUUAGUUUCUUGGCUGAGAGGUGAAAAGUGUUGAAGAAUCCAAGAAAGUCCAGUUGCCCUAUACUUAAUUGCUUCGGACUGUGUAAACAAAAAUGAAAUAUUCUGUAAUUAACAAUUUUUUGACUUUAAUAUUAGGUUCUCAUUUUGUAUAAAAUGUUUGUAUCUGUUGUAUUUCACCUCGGCUCCUUUUUUGCUACUUGGCCACAGUACCUUUUAAAAUGACGUGUUUCCUGCACAUGUUUUAAGGUUUCUUGGACGUUAUAGUUCAGACUUAUGGUAAAUAAUAAUAAAAAAAUAUGUAUAGCUUGUGGAAAUUUCAUUGUUGUUUUUUUUUUUUUUUUAUCUUUUAGGUAUGGAUAAACAAAUUCCAUUGAUCUUUCCAUAUCUGCCCCUGAAUCAUGAGUGGUUCGAAACCCGACAUAUUGUGGUCUCCUCACCACCCUGAUCGCUAUGUCAUCUGUGACUCUGAACUGGGACUCUACAGGAUUGGCCCUUUGGGUGGUGCAGAGACUAAAGCAGGGACUCUCCCACUGUCUGAGGAAACUGCAGCAACUUUACUAGCCAUUAACUCAGACACACCGUACAUGAAAUGCGUGGCCUGGUACCCGAAACAUGAACCCGAGUGUUUGCUUGCUGUGGGCCAAGCUAAUGGUAGAGUGGUGCUCACCAGUUUGGGCCAGAGCCACAACUCCACAUGUAAGGAUUUGGUGGGGAAAGAGAUUGUACCCAAACAUGCCCGCCAGUGCAACACUCUAGCCUGGAACCCUGUGGACAGCAACCUGUUGGCUGCUGGACUGGACAAGCACAGAGCAGACUUUUCAGUCCUCAUAUGGGACAUCAGCAGCAAGUUUUCUCCGGAGACCAGUGUGGCAUCUGAGAAGAUUCGCCUCUCUUCUGUGGACUUGGACUCCAGCUCAGUCCUAACUAAACCCCUCUAUGAACUGGGCCAAAAUGAUGCCUGUCUCUCCCUCUGCUGGCGACUCCGUGACCCAAAACUGUUGUUGGCCGGUAUGCAUAGGAACCUGGCAAUAUUUGACCUGAGGAACACAAGUCAGAAAACAUUUGUCAACACUAAGGCCAUCCAGGGAGUGACGGUGGACCCACACUUCCCCGACCGUGUAGCGUCCUUCUUUGAGGGUCAGGUGGCGAUCUGGGAUUUGAGAAAGUUUGAAAAGCCUGUGCUCACGCUCACUGAGCAGCCCAAGCCACUUACCAAGGUGGCGUGGUGUCCAACUCGAACUGGCCUCUUGGCCACACUCACACGUGACAGCAACAUCAUCCGCCUCUAUGACAUGCAGCACACCCCCACACCCAUCGGUGAUGAGACAGAGCCCACCAUCAUCGAACGGAGUGUGCAGCCCUGCGAGAGUCAAAUUGGCAGUUUUGCUUGGCACCCGUCUUCUCAGAACCGCAUGGUGGUGGUGUCGGCAGCGAACCGGGUCAUGACUGACUUCACUGUGUUUGAGCGCAUCUCUCUGGCCUGGAGCUCCACCACUUCGCUCAUGUGGGCGUGCGGCAGACACCUGUACGACUGUGCGGAGGACGGUACGGAAGGGUUGGAAAAUGCCAUUGAGAAAGACAUCGCUACUAAGAUGAGGGAGAGGGCGCUGUCCAGAUAUGGACACGACACUGUGCAUGUUUGGAGGAACCACCUUCUGGCUGGAGGGAAUGAUCCUCAGCUGAAGUCUUUGUGGUAUGACCUGUACUAUAUGAAGCAGUGUGCAGAGGACACGGAGCUGAAACUGCAGGGCAACAAACAGUCUGUUGUUUACUCUGGAAUCAAGAACAUCGUCAAGACAAGUUCAGGCACAACGGAGAGCCACAAGUGCUGGAGUGGCUCCGACCGUCAGACAGACGUGACCCGCUAUCAUAGUGAGGAGCGAUGUCUCGCCCUGCGGCUGUGUGGGUGGAUCAGCCGGGGACCUGAGAUCGACGUGGAUGUCUUCCUGAGAUCACUGGAACUGGAGAAGGAGUGGGAGCGAGCGGCAGCUGUCGCUCUUUUUAACCUGGAUAUUCGCCGCGCCAUUCAGAUCCUGAACAAGGGAGCCACAGCUGAGAAAGGUGACCUGAAUUUGAACGUUGUAGCCAUGGCUCUGUCGGGUUACACUGACGAUAAGCUGUCUCUGUGGAGGGAGAUGUGCAGCUCUCUGCGGCUGCAGCUGAAGAACCCCUACCUCUGUGUGAUGUUUGCCUUUCUCACCAGUGAACCUGGAUCAUAUGACGGCGUGCUGUAUGAAAGCAGUGUCGCUGUGAGGGAUCGGGUUGCCUUUGCCUGUAUGUUUCUCAGUGAUGCACAGCUAACACGUUACAUUGACAAACUGGCCAAUGAGUUGAAGGACAUGGGAAACCUGGAGGGAAUCCUACUGACAGGCCUGAGUAAAGAUGGAGUUGAUCUAAUGGAGAGUUACGUGGACCACACGGGAGAUGUCCAGACGGCCAGUUUCUGCAUGUUGAAGGGUUCCUCAGUUGAUGUAUUAAAAGACCCUCGAGUUCAAUGCUGGAUAGAAAACUACCGUAACCUGCUGGAUGCCUGGAGCUUCUGGCACAAACGGGCCGAGUUUGACAUUCACAGAGGGAAACUGGACCCCAGCUCCAAACCAUUAGCGCAGGUGUAUGUGAGUUGCAACUUCUGCGGGAAGUCCAUCUCCUACAGUUGCUCGCCGAUGCCCCACCAGGGCCGUGGCUUCAGCCAGUACGGUGUCAGCGGCUCGCCCACCAAGUCCAAGGUGACCAGCUGCCCCGGCUGCAGGAAACCACUGCCCCGCUGCGCCCUCUGCCUCAUGAACAUGGGCACGCCUGUGUCCAACUGUCCAGGAACAGGAAGGUCGGAGGAGAAGAUGGACUUGAGCAGGGAGAACAAAUUGGCUCAGUUCAACAACUGGUUCACCUGGUGUCACAACUGUCGUCAUGGUGGCCAUGCUGGUCACAUGCUCAGCUGGUUCAGAGACCACACAGAGUGUCCUGUGUCGGCGUGCACGUGCAAAUGCAUGCAGCUGGACACUACAGGCAACCUGGUGCCUUCAGACAGCAGCUAAGAAGGUGGAGCCCAUUGGACUGUGAUGAUGCCAACCAUGAUGAGGCCGACCAGUGAACGUUCACCACUGCAGCCGAUACACGAAUGACACGCCACCUGACCGACAGAUGACAAGGCAAGAGGACAAAGGGAGACAGUGCCGUCACUCUUGGACGUGCAGCUCCUCAAAUCAUAACUUUAAGAACUGUUAAAGUGAAGUGACUAUAACGUCAUAACAGAGACGUUUCGGGGAAGUCAAGGCAGUGCGUGUUACUGAUCACACUAACUGAUGCAGAGUAACAGAAGGGGAGCAGAAAGAAAUAGAUGCUGCUCAUAACUACCAAUAACCCAUAACCAAAGAGCAGCAGCAGCCAGUGCCGCAUGUUAAAAAUUCAACAAAAUAGGACUGAAGAAGGAAGGAAACAAGCAGGAGCAAAAAAGUCAGAAACACAAAGUUUAUAUUAUAAUAUAUAUAUAUAUAAUAUUAUUAUAUUACAGACAAUCAAACAAAACAUGUUAUUGUAAACAUGCAAUACCGAUACUGCAACAGGCUACUGUUGCUGUCCCUUUUUAUAGCAUGUUGCCCAAAGUUAAGUUGAGUGUUUGGCCUUAGAUAUCGGAUUAGACAGACGAUAAUUGUGUUUAUUGAUGUUGGAUCCUGAAAUUUUGACCAAUAUCGGAAUGAUACUUAUCCUGAGUGUCGGAUAGAGCCAUCCUAAUAGUGAAGUCCGGUUUGGAACUGCAUCAUUCAAACAUGCAGAUUCAAUGUAUAAUAUUUUUCUGGGGACAAGUUGUACUUCAACUGGUCCUUGAAAAACUGCUGCUGCUGCUUCACCUCAUGACAUACAGUAUCACUGAACCGAGUUGGAACUGAAGUCACAGAAUAGCACAUUUGAAGUCCUCAAUGAAAGCUGCAGUAUUUCAACAACUGUGUGAUUUGAUGUGGAAUUAGGAUUGUCUUUACGGGAUUAGGUGUAGAGUGAAUGCAUAGCAGCGUUAACUGCAGUUCCUGUCAGGAAGGAUGUUGUGAUAUUGAUCUAACAUGUUAAGAUAUAGACUCAAGUAUGUUGGUAGAAUCUAAAAAUUGGUGCCGAAAUAGAAAAUAAAUACUUUAUAUUAUUCCUUUAUGCAUAUUUGCUGCUUAUGCAUCUGUUGUGUCUUAGACCUGAAUCAAGCCUGAGGUUUUAUUAUGAUUGAGGUGAGAGUAAUAAAUCAUGGAAAUGUCCUGUAAAACAUCAGGUUCUAAAGAGGUGAGCACACCACAGGUGCCAACAAGUCUGAGCUACCUUUUGUUGCGCUUUCUUUAACACACUAUUUAACGUCUCAUGAAAGGAUCCCUACAUUCCUCAUCAUGAGAGCAUUGUCCAGGCGUUGAAGUGGCAUGUUGUACACACACACACACACACAUACACAAAAUCAAAACUCCUCUUUUUAAAAAAAAAAAAAUCUGUGUUCUACUCUGUGCCACUGUGCAUCUGGCAUUCUGCAGGGAGGGCUUCCAGCACGAGGGGGAUGUGGAAUUGGAGAAGGUCAGAGUAGAGGGGAGGAGGAGAAAGAGAAGGCGGUGUUGGAGGGAGGGGUGAUUCUGUAUUCAACAGACCACUGUAGGCCUGUGGUCCAUGAAAGAAGCCCCCCCCCC